UAUUAUAGAAGAUACAAAUGAUAUCGGACUUACGUUACGUUUUGAAAAUAAAAUUGAAUCUGAAUCAUUUAAAUCCAAAAUCACAUCACCUGUAAAAGAACAACGAUUAAAUACAAUGCAACGUUUACCACUGGUUAGUGAUGAACAACAAGACACAGACUAUUUAAAUUUGAUUGUUUAUUGUAACGGAGUUAAAUUAAAACCAUUAGGAGUGAACAAAGCACAAGAUCUACUUGGUAAACAAUAUAUUUUACAUGUUAAAAAAACUAGACUUUAUCAUAUUGUAUGUGAUAUUGUAGAAAAAAUAAAAUCAUUUAAAGAAAUGGUAUCAUUAAGUCAUACGAAAGCAACCACAUUUUGUGUUGAUUCAAAAUCAAUGAUAUUGUAUCCUUUGCUUUUCUGUUAG